CUGGCUGCCCAUCAUACAGAGCACAGUUUGUGUCUAGCCGGAGCACUUGUAUCACCUAAUUAUUUAUUUAGAAAUAAUCAUGAAGUUGUUCGUCGUAGCCGCUAUCCUUGGGGUCUGCUCUGCUGCCCGUUUAGACAACGCGUACCUCCCUCCUAGAGGAGGAGCAGGCGCUGGAUAUGGCGCCAGUGGUUCUGGCUUCAGCGGUGGCUCCUCCAGCUUCGGUUCAGGGAACCUGGGCGGUGGCUCCAGCUUCGGUGGGGGAGCCGGUGCUUUCGGCGCUGGUAGAGGUGCCAGUGCCGGUUCUUACAGCCAAGGAGGUUACAACGCUGGAAGCCAAGGAGGCUACAACGCUGGAAGCCAAGGAGGUUACAACGCUGGCAGUCAAGGGAGUUACAACGCAGGAGGUUUCGGUGGCAGACAGUCUGCUGACGCCAGCGCCCAAAUCCUCAAGCUGAACAGCGAAGUCACCGCUGAGGGAUUCCAAUAUGAAUACGAGACCUCCAACGGCAUCAAGGCUGACGCGUCCGGCGUGGCCACAAACGGCGUCCAAUCCCAAGGCAGUUUCUCCUACAAGGGCGACGAUGGCCAAGACUAUAGCAUCACUUACACCGCUGACGAGAACGGUUUCCAGCCCCGUGGUGCCCACCUCCCCACUCCUCCCCCGAUCCCAGAAGAGAUCCUGAAAGCCCUGGAGCAGAACGCCCGUGAUGAGGCCGCUGGCAUCGUCGAUGAUGGUUCAUACCACGGUGAGGGAGCUGAAGCUGGUGCUGGAAACGGUGGAUACUCCGCUCCCUCUGGCCAAUACGGUGCUCCUUCCAGGGGAUUCGGCGGCAGAGGAUCUUCCUUCGGCGGCCAGUCGUCUAGCUUCAGCGGACAAGGGUCUGCAUUCGGAGGACAAAGCUCAAGAUUUGGCGCUCGGGGUUCUGCUUUCGGUGGCCAGUCCUCCGGUUUUGGUGCUCCAUCCCGCCAGUACCUGACCCCUAACGCUGGUCGCGGCUCCGGUAAUGGCAACUUCAACGCACAAACUGGUUACCGUUAUUAAGAAUCGAUGAGAAUACUGAAAUAAAUGAAUAGAGCCGACCACCGAUGCUUUGUAGCUCUAUAGAUUUUUGGAUGGUAUUUCUACUGCGCGAUAUUUGUUACGACUUGUGGCACUAUAUGAUUUUGUUCUAUACGUACCAAUUUUUUUCCUUUUAUGACGUAUUUAACUGGGUCUCGAUCUUAUAAUAUUUAUAAGUUUAGGAUCUUUAUUACAACAGAUAGCAGUCAUUACUUAUUAUAAGUAAUUUCGAUGGUUAUUCUGUACUCAUUACGUUUUUAAAUGCCGCUUCAAAUGACAUUGGCAUAUACAAAAUAAAUAUGUUUUUAUAUAUUUCAUUUUUAAUAACAAAAUCGUACAAGUGCCACGAAUAUAUAUACUUGGUUACGCUAUUUUGAAAUGUAUAAGCUGUGAACAAUUCUUGUGAUGUUAGACUCGGUAAACCUAAUGCUGGUCGUGUUAACCGGAUCAUUUGAAAAGCCCCUUCUGUACAUCCCAUCUCUUUCACUCUUCAUUAAUGAUCUCAAUCAUAACAUCUUCCCUCUCAUUUCCUCUUGUGUAAAUUUUUCUAGGCUUAGAUAAGUAUAGUUACUUGGCAAUGUAAAUGGACAGUACUAGAUUUAAGUACGAUGAUGGAUUUAAAAAUAUAAAAAUAGCUUUUAAUUGUAAAUAUGAAUAAAUAAAUGUUUUAUAGCAAA